AGGAACCAGUUUCCAAAAUCGCGUCAUUCCCAACGGACUUACUUUCAUCCCGAGCUUAAGGUGCGCAUUUUAGUGAUUGCAUAAUUUUUGAAAUGCGUACCAUGUCCGAAACUUUGAAAGUUGUGCUGCUUUCGAUACUCGCGUACACAAUUUUUCUUCCAUGCACGAUCCUUUUCGCGAUUGGUAUCCUGUUUUGGAGGAGCUGUAUCAAAGCGCUGGUUUACUUUCGACACUGCGGACAAGGAUGGAGAAUAGUUGACCCCAGUUCGGUUGGAAUGGCUUCCACGGACGUUUAUGACACACAUUCCUGGACGAUUGCGACUACGUUUGAAAUUCACCAGGAGACAUUUGAUUUGCAAAAGUUACGGACAGAUUUUGAGAAAACGAUUUUAUCUGCGAAAAUAUGCGAAACUGAUCCUUCGUCGAAAUUGGCCUACCCGGAAUUAACGUCUUGUUUGGAGGAAAAAUUUGGCUACUACUUUUGGCGACCGUGUCCCUCUUUUAAGAUUGAGGAUCAUUUCAGUUAUUUAGAUGUUCCCAACCUAAAAAGCAUCGAUGAUCCCGAAGACUUUAACGCCUUAUCGAACCACCUCCUUCGUGACAGACGUUGGAAGAAGGGCCAGCCUCUCUGGGAGUGGCUCGUGGUGGAAAAAUUAGACGGCAAGAGUCUCGUCAUGUUCAGGAUUCAUCACAUCAUCGCAGAUGGAUGGUCCCUCUUUAAACUGGCGGCACGGAUGUUCACUACUGAAAAUAGCGUACCCUUAGCGUCCGUUAUUCCACUUCCUAAUGCUUCAAGAGGGAGAAGCUGCUUAAUUUCGCCCAACUUUAUUAAGGCGCCGUAUGAAAUGGUCAAAUUAAGUAGAACGUUGAACUCCAGCACCACACUUAUCCCAGAAGAAGUUCCAAUCAGCAAAAACUCGUCCGAAAGCUUGUGUUUUGCCGCGGUUCAGGGUCCAGCAUUAAGUGAGAUGAAAGCUAUCCGAUCAAAACUGGGGGUGGACUUCAUGUCCCUCUUAUUGACUGGAUUGUCAGGGUCCAUACGAGAAGCCUUCAUCAACAAGGGUCUCCAAGUACCCGACGAGAUCAAAGUCGCGUGUCCCAUCCCGUUGCCUGGACAUCCGAAUAAGCUCUGCAACCAUUGUUCGAUGUGUUUCGUUCUUCUUCCAAUUGGAGAACCAGAUCCGAUUCGACGUCUUCACCUUAUUUCCAAAAGGGUUGUUACAUUCUUGCACUCCAGCCUUCCAAGUACAAUUCACUUAAUUGCCCUGCUACAUGGCUCUGUACCAAUCCCGCUCUUAAGAUCAUGGAACGACAGGGUUCGGAAACUGUUUCCUGUCGUUUUGAACAACAUGGUGGGACCUCCGGCUCGCUGUUUCCUGGCGGGGAGCGAAAUACAAAAUAUGAAAUUUGGACUUAACGUUCCCUAUAAAUCGUCAACAGGAUUCGCCUAUGGCCUCGGCUUCUUUACGUACAAUGGGGAAUCAGCGGUAGGAGUGGUUGGACUUGGAGACUAUUUUCCAAGCACUAGCUCUGCUGAGACAGUUUUAAACAGUUGCAUUAAUGAGUGUAGGUUAUUAUCAGAGCUUUCAACAGACUAUUCGGUGGUUAAUGUGGAAUAGAAUUUAACAUAAACAAGAAUAUUAAUAAGUAUAUAUGUAUUUCUGUAUGUAAGCAUUUACAUAAUUAUAUUAAGAUUGACAAUCAGUCAACUGUAUUAUUUACCUUAUUUAAGGAUUUUAUUUAUGUGUGUAUAUAUGUAUGUAUUUUAGAUCAUAUCUCCCACCAAAAAUUAUUUUGUUGUUAAUUAAAAUUCUUAGUUAUUCCUGUACUAAUUAUCAUUAGUAAUUAUUAGAAAUUUAUAAUGCAUUGUUCAUAAAUAAUAAAUAUGAGCGAAUAAUAUGAA